AUGGAAGUCUCUACCCCACUUCUGCCACAGUCUAUAGCCACACUCAUCUCAACCGUCAGUCUAGGUGCCCGUGUAUCGCUUCGAACAGCAGCCAUCAUAGCUCUCUUGGAGACACUACAGCAUGGAACAAGCGCCACGCUUGGCAUCAGUCGGAGAUCACUCCUCGCAGCGGUGUCAACUGCAAAGAUCUUAAAUAUCCUCAAGGGCAAUACUGGUCCAAAUGAUGCGUUUACUAUGCUCCUAGACAAAUACACAUCAUUGGGCGUGUAUGUGAUCCACAACUCUUUUACUUUAGCAGAAUUGUUUUCAAUCUCGGGCUUACAACUCGUAUCCAAUACAUUAACUGCCGGUAUUCGCACUGCAGAAGAGUCGGUACGCAUAGUAGACGGCUUGUUCGGAUCAACUGAAACAUCGAGAGCACUAGCUGCUGUUGUAGGCUUGGUCAAGAAGGAAGUAUAUGAAGACGAAGACUUUGCCAUCACCAGUUCAGGGAAAAUGGCAGUAUUGGCAUCAAUCACCAAAGCCCUUACGGUUUUUGCAUGUCUACAGGCAGCAACACACAAGCGCACCCAAAAAUCCAUUCGCACCAUGCUAGUGUACGAGGGUGUUGUAUUGCCCAAACCCAAGAUCCUUGGUGAUGUUAACGCUACUCAUCUCACAACUAUUGAACAGUCCGCUAUCGAUAACUAUGAUGAAGAUUCAGGAGAGCUUUUGAGAGAUUUAUCAAACACAUUAAUAACUGACCCAGAUGAUGUCACUGAAGACAUGACAACGACUCAGAUUGAGAAGGUGUUGAGCGCGGACAUUCUUCAGGUGACGACUACAACGACAUUGACAACAACAACUACACAAACUUUUGUUCGACCGGGAGCCGAUUUGUCAAAUCUAGGAAAGCCUUUACCAGCCAUCCAUCACGACAGAAACACAUCCUCCUCAUCUUUGCAACGACAGCACCAUUACCCAACAUCAGUUGAAGCCACAUCUAGCUCUCGAGGUGCCACUUCAUCCAUGGCUAUUACUACACGGUCUAGACGAGGCUCUGUUUCGUCUAUUGCAUCUGUUGCCACUACCCUAACGCAGUAUGCCACUACUUCCAUCGUCGCCAACUCUCAUGGCUCAGUAAAUGGCUCCUCUAGACACACCCCUUCCGUUAGCGAGACCUUCGCCCCCUCCGAAUCCUUAGCCGUUGAAGGAAAUCGAAAUGCCAAUAACAAUUUGAGACUAAUGUUUUCUACCGUGACAAAAAAGUUCAAGAAGAACCAAAAAGUGCAUAUCGGUGGCGAAGGUGAAGGUACAGUCUUAAUGAGGACGCAGGAACGUGAGAUCAGAACAAGCGAGACUAGGGAUUCACUUGACUGGUCUGAGGACGACACGGAUUGGGUUGAAGUUACACAAUCGUCCGAAACUAUGUCUUCUAUGGAGAUGAAUGCGAUUUCAUAUGAUGUACCUACUGAGAAAAAAUCCAGCGAUAAGUUUGGGCCGUCAUUCGGUCUCAAAGGUGGAUUAACUGGAAAAAAAUUUGGACAUUCGUUUUUUUCUAAAAUGACAAAACAAACGACCUUCGGAAAGGGCAACGAACGUGAAAGCCUUGACAGUUCUGACCCCCAGUUGACGAUCACAGAAAUGGAUGAACCUCGAAACGACUCUGACAAUUCGCUCCCUGACAGUAAUCCAAUCGCUAUGCCCAUCAUGGUGGGCUUGAAGUUGGGAGAUGAUGAGGAUUUUAGACCGUCUCCGCCACCCAAAGAACCAACAGAGCCCAAUCCUGCCAAUUUCCCACGAGAUCAUCUUGUCCGUAAUAUUCAAAGGUUUAUGCGCUAUGCCUCGGCUAGUUAUGGACAUAAUUUCAUGAGGAUCUUGGGUAUCGGUACUAUUGGUGACACUGUCUACUCACCAUACGGUGAUCACCCAAAUCACCAUGCAUUUGCAACGCACACUUCAACACCACUGGACUCAAUCCUUCUCUCAUCAUUUACAGAUCCAGGUGCAAAAGGUAGCUUCCAGGCGCCUAAAAUGCACUCGUUGGUCCAUUAUAUCAAUCUGGACCAUGGAGCACAAUGCGUUGUUUUAACGUGCCGCGGCACUCUGGGUCUCUCAGAUGUGUUGACAGAUCUCUGCGCCCACUAUGACGACCUAGUCUUGCCUACAGUCAAAUCGAAUGGAAAACGAGGCGAACAACAUGCACCGCCAACGUACAAGGUCCAUGCAGGAAUGUACGCAUCUGCUCGUCUGCUGUCCCUUGAGACCUCAACUGUCUUCAAGACCAUCAAGAAGGCAUUAGAGGACUACCCUGAUUAUGGUCUUGUUCUUUGCGGACAUUCACUUGGUGGAGGUGUUGCUUCCAUUCUGACUUUACUUUGGUCGAUGAAGAGUCAGGAUUUUGAAGCAUACGUUGAGGAACAAGAAGAUAGAUCCAGCGAUGAAGAGGGUGACGAAGACAGGGACAACAAAUCAAAAAACACUACAAGACACCACCAACGAUCGAAAAAACGUAUUGCAUACCCCGAAAUCACAACACCAUUUGUCACUUCGCCUGGAUCGUUUCUGCCUGCAGGACGACCCAUUCACUGCUAUGCAUAUGGUCCGCCAUGCGUAAUGUCGUUACCGCUAUCGAAAUACUGCCGGGGACUUAUUACAACUGUUGUUCAUCAAUACGAUCUCGUCCCAACAUUAAGCUUGGGACUCCUGAAGGAUUUCAAGAAUGUUGCGACCACUUUACAUGAGGAGGGACAGAUAGUAGAGGAUAUUGUUAAGCGCCUGAUCAUUGGUGUAACAUGCAAUAAGGUCGAUGCAGAGAAUGCCAAAACCGCUCCAUCAACAUAUACCAACGGAUCAAAUCUUCCAGCACAGUCUACACUACCACAUAAGCAAAAAAAUGCAGAGCCUCCGAAACGAUCCCAAAGUAUGCCCAUGUAUUCAGAGUAUGAUCGAUGGCAGCUUCAAGAAGCAGAAGAUCAAGACUGGUCAUGGUCGUUAAUCAAGACGAUGCGUGCAGAUAUGAGUUCGGAUAAACUGUAUCCACCUACGCCUGUAUACUUGCUCGAAUCUAUUGCCACAACAGUUGUACCUGCUGGAUCCUCGGCUUUAACUACGAUGACAGGAACCAUUGCGGCUUCGAUGGAAUCUCGCCCAUCUGCAAAUACCGCUAGUUCCGUACCUCUUUCAAAAUCGUACUCUGCAUCUUCCGCAAUUACAGCUGCUGGCGCAGCUGCAGUUAAUCUAGCAAAUGGGUUUCGCCCAAGCUCUCCAUUUGGUCGAUACUCAACCCCUACACCCAGCGCUAAGUCUAAGGUGAACAUGACCGCAACAACACCAUCUACAGACGCUCCUUCAGCUAUGCCACAGGCAUCUAAGACAGCAUACAAAGUCUCGAUGCGACGAUUUGAUCAUGUGGAAGAUCGUUUUGGGGAACUGCAGUUUGCACGAUCCAUGUUCACUGACCACAGCCCGGCGAACUAUGAGGUCUGUGUAGAAAGACUCUGUCAGGCUGUAUUCUCAUCUGAGGAUAAUUUGUAG